UCCUCGCCUUCAUUUUUGUUCUAUUUCCCUCACUUUUUAUUUUGGUUAAUUUUUUGCUAGUACUUUGCUCGUACUACAUAUUUUUCUUUUUUUCGCUAGAACUAUACCAAAGGAAAUACAUUAACCAUGGUUAACUUCACCGUCGACCAGAUCCGUGGCCUCAUGGACAAGGUUACCAACAUCCGUAACAUGUCCGUUAUUGCUCACGUUGACCACGGAAAGUCCACCCUUACCGACUCCCUGGUUGCCAAGGCCGGUAUUAUUUCGUCCGCCAGAGCCGGUGAGACCCGUUUCACUGAUACCCGCCAGGAUGAGCAGGAUCGUUGCAUUACCAUCAAGUCGACGGCUAUUUCGAUGUACUUCGAGCUCGAUGACGAGCAGAUGGAGGACAUCACCUCCAAGACCGUCGGUAACGGUUUCCUGAUCAACUUGAUUGAUUCGCCCGGACACGUUGAUUUCUCGUCCGAGGUUACCGCUGCUCUGCGUGUUACUGACGGUGCCCUUGUUGUCGUUGACACCAUCUCGGGCGUGUCCGUCCAGACCGAGACUGUCCUGCGUCAGGCCCUUACCGAGCUGAUUAAGCCCGUUGUCAUGAUCAACAAGGUUGAUCGCGCUCUGCUCGAGCUCCAGCUGCCCCAGGAGGACCUGUACCAGACUUUCUGCCGUGUUGUUGAGAACGUCAACGUCUCUAUUGCCACCUACCAGGACGUCAACGCCAUGGGUGACCUUAUGGUCUCCCCCGAGCUCGGUACCGUUGCCUUUGGUUCCGGUCUGCACGCCUGGGGCUUCACCCUGCGCCAGUUUGCUGCCCGCUACUCCAAGAAGUUUGGUAUUGACCGCAACAAGCUCAUGAAGAAGUUGUGGGGCGAGAACUUCUUCAACACCAAGACCAAGAAGUGGUCGAGCAAGUCGACUUGCGCUAAGGCCAUGUCCUCCGACCGUGCUUUCAACAUGUUCUGCCUUGAUCCCAUCUACAAGAUCUUUGACACCACGAUGAACGGCCGCAAGGAAGAGGCCAUCGCCAUGGUUGACAAGCUGAGCAUUCCUCUUACCCAUGAGGAGCGUGAGUUGGCCGACAAGCCCCUGCUUAAGGUUAUUAUGCGCAAGUUCCUGCCCGCCGCCGAGGCUCUCAUGGAGAUGAUCUGCAUUCACUUGCCUUCCCCCGUCAAGGCCCAGGCCUACCGUUGCGGUGGUCUGUACGAGGGUCCCAUGGAUGACGAGUCCGCCAUUGGUAUCAAAAACUGCGACCCCAAGGGUCCUCUUAUGCUGUACGUCUCCAAGAUGGUGCCUACCUCCGACAAGGGUCGCUUCUACGCCUUCGGCCGUGUCUUCUCGGGCACUGUCGCUUCGGGCAUGAAGGUCCGCAUCCAGGGCCCCCGCUAUGUCCCUGGCAAGAAGGAGGAUCUCGCCAUCAAGAGCAUCCAGCGCACUAUCCUUAUGAUGGGUCGCUACAUCGAGCCCAUUGAGGAUUGCCCCGCCGGUAACAUUCUUGGCCUUGUCGGUGUUGACCAGUACCUGCUCAAGUCGGGUACCCUCACCACCUCGGAGACCGCCCACAACAUGAAGGUCAUGAAGUUCUCCGUGUCCCCCGUUGUCCAGGUUGCCGUCGAUGUCAAGAACGCCCAGGAUCUGCCCAAGCUCAUCGAGGGUCUUAAGCGUCUGUCCAAGUCCGACCCUUGCGUCCUGUGCUUCACCUCCGAGUCUGGUGAGCACAUCGUUGCUGGUGCCGGUGAGCUCCAUCUCGAGAUUUGCCUUAAGGAUCUUGAGGAGGACCACGCCCAGGUUCCCCUGAGAACCGGUGACCCCGUAGUCGAGUACCGCGAGACCGUCCAGGCCACCUCCGCCUUUGUUGCCCUGUCCAAGUCGGCCAACAAGCACAACCGUAUCCAUAUGACUGCUGAGCCCGUUGACGAGCAGCUCACCAAGCUCGUUGAGGAGGGCAAGGUUGCCCCCACCGACGACAUCAAGGAGCGCGGUCGCCUCCUUGCCGAGGAGUUCGGCUGGGACAUCAAUGAUGCCCGUAAGAUCUGGUGCUUUGGUCCCGAGAACAAGGGCCCCAACUUCCUUGUCGAUGCGUCCAAGGGUGUCCAGUACCUUAACGAGAUCAAGGAUCACUGCGUCUCCGGCUUCCAGUGGGCCACCAAGGAGGGUCCCUGCUCCGAGGAGGCCAUGCGUGGCUGCCGCUUCAACAUUGUUGAUGUCACCCUUCACGCUGAUACCAUCCAUCGCGGUGCUUCCCAGAUCCAGAGCACUUGCCGUCGUGUCGUCUACGCCUCGGCUAUGAUUGCCAAGCCCGGACUCCAGGAGCCCAUCUACCUCGUCGAAAUCCAGUGCCCUGAGAACGCCAUGGGCGGUAUCUACUCGGUUCUUAACCGUCGUCGUGGUCACGUCUUCGAGGAGGCUCAGCGCCCCGGUACCCCUCUGUACAACAUCAAGGCGUACCUGCCCGUUUCCGAGUCGUUCGGCUUCACCGCCGAUCUGCGUUCGGCUACCGGUGGCCAGGCCUUCCCCCAGUCGGUCUUCGAUCACUGGCAGAUUAUGUCGGGUGUCAUCACCGAGCCCGGAAAGGUUAACGACGUCGUGAAGGCUCUGCGUAAGCGCAAGGGUCUUGUUGAGGAGCUGCCCCCUCUUGACCGCUACCUGGACAAGCUCUAAUCGAGCCGGUUCUGCGAUCGUGUUGUUUUUUCAUCGAAUAAUAAUAUUGUUUUUUAUGGAUAUCCAACUUGGAAUUGAGUAAGAUUUAGCGUUGUACAGAGUGUGGUUAUUUAUUUC